AUGUCUGGUAUUCCAGUUCCCUUCAGCGAUAUCGCUAAGCCAGCGAACGACCUCCUCAACAAGGACUUCUACCACACCACUGCUGCCAAUCUCGAGGUCAAGUCCAAGGCACCAAACGGCGUUGUCUUCAACGUCAAGGGAAAGUCUGCCCACGAUGGCCCAAUCUCUGGAUCGAUUGAAGGGAAAUACUCGGACAAGGCGACUGGUCUUACCCUCACCCAGACAUGGACGACCUCGAACAGCCUCGACACCAAACUCGAGCUUGAGGACAACCUUACCAAGGGCUUGAAGGCCGAGGUUUUGACCAACUACUUGCCUGCGCAGAGCGCCUACGGCGGCAAGCUGAACCUCUUCUACAAGCAACCCAACAUCCACACCCGCCUGUUCACCGAUGUCUUCAAGGGACCGACUGCCACCUUCGACGUGACCCUCGGCCACGAAGGUUUCCUCAUUGGUGCCGAAGGUGGAUACGAUGUCGGCAAGGCCGCAAUCACCAAAUACGCCCUUGCAGCUGGAUACAGCCAGGGUUCGUAUGCCGCCGCCGUCACUGCCUCCAACAACUUGACCGUCUUCUCCGCGAGCUACUACCACAAGGUCAACGCUGAGGUCGAGGCCGGUGCCAAGGCUACUUGGGAUUCAACUGCUGGAAGCAACGUUGGUCUGGAAGUUGCCUCCAAGUACAAGCUGGACCCCAGCUCUUUCGCUAAGGCCAAGAUCAACGACCGUGGUAUCGCCGCCCUGGCCUACAACGUCAAGCUCGGAACUGGUGUGACUCUGGGUCUGGGGGCCUCUUUCGACACCCAGAACCUGAACCAGGCCGCCCACAAGGUCGGCGCUUCCUUCACCUUCGAGGGUUAG